UAGCUUCCUUCACUCAGCUACGAACGACGAAACAAAACGAAAACGAAAACGAAAACGAACGGACCCAUCUUCUUCUUCUUCUUCUUCUCUUUUUCUUUCACUGCCAAAAAACAAAACUCACUUUUCAACAUUCAUUUCUUCACCAUUCUCUUCCUUCACUCUUACGCUAAAUCAUUUCCCUCCACCAAAUCAAAAUUUUCUCGAAUCUGAAAGCUUCUUCGCGGACAUGGCUAUGCUCCGCAAGUUGUUCUAUCGUAAGCCUCCUGAUGGUCUCCUCGAGAUCUGCGACAGAGUUUACGUUUUUGAUUGCUGUUUCACAACGGAAGCUUGGAAUGAAGAGAAGUAUAAAGUGUAUAUGGAUGGUAUAGUAGGUCAGCUUAGAGAGAAUGUGCCUGAUGCUUCUAUUUUGGUUUUCAAUUUUCGCGAGGAAGAGACCAAGAGUUUGAUGGCAAAUAUAAUAUCUGAGUAUGACAUUACUAUAAUGGAUUAUCCUAGGCAUUAUGAAGGUUGUCCUGUGCUUAAAAUGGAGCUCAUUCACCACUUUUUAAGGUCUAGUGAAAGUUGGCUUUCACUUGGUCAACACAAUGUGUUGUUGAUGCAUUGUGAACGUGGUGGUUGGCCCGUUAUGGCUUUCAUGUUAGCUGCAUUGUUGAUUUAUCGGAAGGUUUAUAGUGGCGAGCAUAGGACUUUGGAUAUGAUUUAUCGGCAGUCCCCACACCAGCUUUUACAUUUGUUGACGCCGUUGAAUCCAAUUCCUUCCCAACUGAGGUAUCUGCAGUAUGUUUCUAGGAGGAAUGUGGCCUUAGAUUGGCCUCCGCUCGACAGGGCACUCAUGUUGGACUGUAUUAUACUUAGAUUCUUCCCAAACUUUGAUGGGGAAGGUGGUUGUCAUCCAUUGUUUAGAAUUUAUGGACAGGAUCCUUUUAGUGCAGAUAAAAGUCCUAAAAUGCUGUACUCAAUGCCAAAGAGAAGUAAAAAUGUCCGGGCUUACAAGCAGGGAGAGUGCGAACUAAUUAAAAUUGAUAUCAAUUGCCAUAUUCAAGGUGAUGUUGUGAUCGAGGGUAUUAACUUGAAUGAUGAUAUGGAGCAUGAAAUGAUGAUGUUCCGAGUUAUGUUCAACACAGCUUUUGUUAGAUCCAAUAUUCUGAUGCUUAAUCGCGAUGAAAUUGAUGUUCUAUGGGAUGCUAAAGAUCACUUUCCAAAAGAUUUCAGAGCUGAGAUCCUUUUCUCAGAGAUAGAUGCUGCUGCAGCAGUUAUUUUAGAUAAUACAUCAUUCUUUGAGGAGAAAGAUGGACUGCCAAUUGAAGCAUUUGCCAAGGUUCAAGAGAUCUUUAGCCAUGUGGACUGGAUGAACCCAAAGGCAGAUGCUGCACUAAACGUGCUCCAACAAAUAAGUACUUCUGCUAUCAUGAAUGACAAGCUGGAUAAAGUUUCUGACCAGCAUGUGGAAACUGCCACUUCCUUGGGCGAAACAGGUCCUAAAACGCCUCAAAGGAAUUCAUAUGCAGCAAUACGGUCUUUAUCCUCAACUAAGAGAACCCCAAAUAAUGAUAUGAGCAGAAAAGAGGAAAAGACAAACAAAGUAGAUUCUAUUCCACAGAGGGCUAAUACAUCAGACAUCAUCGGUCAGGAGAAAAUUUGCUCAUCUGAAAAAAGUUUGGAAUCCAGUAAAUGUCCAACAGGAUCAACAAAUUUUGACAUAAAACCACAGGAAUCUAAUCUUGCUUCAUCUAGUUCUGCAGAUUCUUCUCUUUCCCCUGGAACACCUCCUCCGCGGCCUCCCUUGACUACUCGUUCUAAAGAAGUUCAUGAUUCUCCUCCCCACACAGAAUUGCCUCCACAUCAUAUUUUGCCUUCGCAAUCAGGACCUCAAUCACAAGACAGGAGUUACUCACCUAUUUCUAGCUCUACACCUGAGACCUAUCAUUCCCUUGCACCUGAUUCUUCAAUUGAGCCAUCCCCUCCACUUUCUUCGAGAAAACCUUUGAAUGACAUUCCACCAGUCAAAACAAGACCCAAGUCUCCCUCUUCGCAGCCUCCAACUCCACCUCCUCCUCCUACCCCUCCACUAAAAGAUCAGAAAGUAGUUAGGGCUGGACCUCUCUCCCCACCCCCACCACCUCCUUCUCCAAAGAAGGAUAUACAUGUUAAAGCUGGACCUCCUCCUUCUCCUCCUGUCCCAUCUCAUAUGAAUGAGAAACCACAUGUUAGAGAUGGACUUUCUCCUCCCCCUCCCCCUCUUCCCCCAUCACCUCCUCUAAAAGCGGAGCAACCUACUAGGUUUCAGCCCCCGCCACCUCCACCACCACCUCGUCUUUCAGUGGAAGCUGCAAGUCCUAUUACAGCACCGCCUGCACCGCCUCCACCUCCAUCUGCAACACUUUCCUCUGGUAACCCUAAUGCUUCAUUGCAAAAGUCUUCACCUGCUCCACCACCUCCAAUUCCUUUUGGUAAAGGUCUAAAACCAGGCAGUGCUUUUCCAAUGUCCCUUUCUGUGGGAGUUGAUGGAAAUAAGGUCUCAGGACCUCAAUCUAGUUCACUAGCAGGCUCAAAGGGACGAGUUCUACCACGUGCAAUUGGCUCAAAAAAUGACUCCAAAAAGUUGAAGCCAUUGCAUUGGAUGAAGCUAUCUAGAGCAGUGCAAGGAAGUUUGUGGGAUGAGACACAAAAAUCUGGCGAAGCUUCCAAAGCCCCAGAGAUUGAUAUGUCAGAGCUCGAGAGUCUCUUCUCGGCAGCAGCCCCUAGUUCAGGCCCUGCCAAGAAGUCAAAUGUCCAAAGCUCAGUGAAGCCUAAAUCUGAGAAAGUGCAACUGAUUGAUCAUAGGCGAGCAUAUAAUUGUGAAAUCAUGCUUUCAAAAGUGAAGGUGCCAUUGCAUGAUUUAAUGAGCUCAGUGCUAGCACUAGAAGAGUCGGCACUAGACACUGAUACUGUCGAGAACCUUAUAAAGUUCUGUCCUACAAAAGAGGAGAUGGAGAUAAUUAAGAAUUAUAACGGGGAAAAGGAGAAAUUAGGGAGAUGUGAACAGUUCUUCAUGGAGUUGAUGAAAGUACCACGGGUAGAAGCUAAGCUCAGGGUCUUUUCAUUCAGGAUUCAGUUCUAUUCUCAGGUUUCUGAUCUUAAAAAUAGCCUAAAAGUUGUGAAUUCUUCUGCAGAAGAGAUCAGGAAUUCUGUCAAAUUGAAGAGAAUUAUGCAAACAAUACUUACUCUAGGAAAUGCUUUGAAUCAAGGAACUGCCAGGGGUUCUGCUAUUGGAUUCAGAUUAGAUAGCCUUCUUAAACUCACCGAGACACGGGCACGGAACAACAAAAUGACUCUCAUGCAUUAUCUUUGUAAGGUGUUAGAUGACAAAUUACCAGAAGUCUUAGACUUCUCUAAGGAUCUUGCUAACCUAGAGCCAGCAGCAAAGAUCCAAUUGAAGUUUCUUGCAGAGGAGAUGCAAGCUGUAAACAAAGGGUUAGAGAAAGUCGUCCAGGAAUUAUCCACUUCUGAAAACGAUGGUCCUAUAUCAGAAACGUUCCGCAAGAAAUUGAAAGGGUUCCUCUGUUCUGCUGAAGCUGAAGUCCGAACAUUGGCUUCACUAUAUUCUGGUGUGGGCAAGAACGUGGAUGCGUUGAUUCUUUAUUUUGGGGAAGAUCCAUCUCGCUGUCAAUUUGAGCAAGUUGUCACAACUUUGCUCAACUUUACUCGAAUGUUCAACAAAGCCCAUGAAGAAAAUCGUAAGCAGCUAGAGCUUGAAAUGAAGAAAACAGCAGAAAGUGAUAAAAAGAAAUGUGAAUCGGAAAGGAUAUUACCUACAACGAUCCGAACUGGCAAUGUCAAAUAAGUAAUUAUUAGACGAAAUUAGCUUUGGGAGUCCGUAUAUAUUCUAGCAUGACUAGGAAUUUCACCACACAAAUGUGGUUUUGGUGUUUGGGUUUUUUUGAGGGGCGUGUAUUGUGGCACAUAUAAUAGUAGCUAGCUGGCAUUGAGAAUCGAAUAACUGCAUUACACUACAAAGCUGAGAGGGUGGAGUUUGCAUGAGUUAUGUUAUUUGCCAACCAACUUGUAGUUGUAUAUAACUCCCCUCUCCGCUUAGAAACUGUAUGAUUGUAAGUAUAAAUAUAUAUCCAAGAAACCAGGGCAUUUGUUGUUAUUUUAUCUCUGCCCCCUCAGUCUUGGUUCUCUCUGCUAGCAACACUAAUUUCACGUCUGUUGUGCAAAGCUUGAAUAUCUUACUGUAUAGCAUAUAUAUAUAUAUGAUAUAUUUAUUUUUUCGAUUGAUUAUUUGUACUAUA